CUUGAAGGCAGCAGUCUGCUUCAUAACACCUCAGUUGAACUCUUCAGUGUUUCAUUGCAGCAGCAGCGAGCUGAGAGGAGGGAAACAUGGCUGCCCUGUUUAAAGCAAGAAAAGCGCUAGGUUUGUGUCUCAGUAGCUGUCGGAGUUUCACACAGCUGGCAGAGUUACCGGACACCCAUCAGCUCCUCAGACAAACCUGCAGAGACUUCGCAGACAAAGAACUGAUCCCCAUCGCUUCCAGACUAGACAGAGAGCAUGCUUUCCCUGCCAAACAGGUUCAGGAGCUGGGUCAAAUGGGGGUGAUGGCGAUGGAGGUCCCGGAGGAGCUGGGCGGAGCUGGGAUGGACUAUCUGGCGUACAGUUUAGCCAUGGAGGAGAUUAGCAGAGGCUGUGCCAGCACUGGAUGUGUGGUGUCUGUGAACAACUCUCUUUACAUCGGACCCAUCCUGAAGUUUGGAACAGAGGAGCAGAAGAAGGAGUGGAUCACGCCGUUCACCACUGGAGAUAAGGUGGGCUGCUUCGCCCUCAGCGAGCCAGGUAAUGGCAGCGACGCCGGUGCAGCCUCCACGAUGGCCCGCCAGGAGGGAGACGAGUGGGUACUGAAUGGAACCAAAGCCUGGAUCACAAACAGCUGGGACGCCUCGGCCACCGUCGUGUUCGCCACCACAGACAAGAAGCUCAAACACAAGGGCAUCAGUGCCUUCCUGAUCCCCAUGCCUCACCCAGGCCUCUCUCUGGGGAAGAAGGAGGACAAGCUCGGCAUCAGAGCGACAUCAACAGCUAACAUCAUCCUGGAGGACUGCAGGAUACCGCUGGGAAACAUGCUGGGCCCUCGAGGAGCAGGAUUCAAGAUUGCCAUGCAAACCUUGGACAGCGGACGGAUUGGGAUUGCAGCUCAGGCUCUUGGUAUCGCUCAGGCUUCUCUGGACUGUGCUGCAGACUACGCACACAAACGCACAGCGUUUGGGGCACCCAUCGGAAAGAUGCAGGCCGUACAGUUCAAACUUGCAGACAUGAAUAUGGCGAUAGAGAGCGCUCGUCUGCUCACGUGGAAGGCUGCACUCCUUCGAGACUCAAAGAAGCCCUUCAUAAAGGAAGCAGCCAUGGCCAAAUUAGCAGCGUCCGAAGCUGCCACAUUCUGUGCACAUCAGGCGAUCCAGGUUCUGGGUGGAAUGGGUUACGUGUCAGACAUGCCCGCUGAGAGGCACUACCGCGACGCUCGCAUUACAGAGAUCUACGAGGGCACCAGUGAGAUCCAGAGGCUGGUUAUCGCCGGACAGAUUCUGAAGGAAUACCAGCAGUAGACGCGGCGACUCUGGUUCAGUAUGGACAAAUAAUCACAGACACUGGGACACCGCCUCGUUCGUAGAGAUUUAAAGGAGCCGGUUUGAUCUGAUGAAGCUUUGAUUUGGUCUGACAGCAGGACUUUCUAUCACGGUUAGAUCACAGGUGACAAAACAGGACUAUGUUUGAGUUUGUGAGGAUUUUCUGUGCCAUUACCUCCUUCGUCUUGUGUCAGAGGAGUGCAGGAGACUGUCAGCCUAAUAGCAUCACACAUCUCUGUUGCUGUUAAGAUACCAGUGUUCUUUGCAGGUUAAAGGGUUAGUUCACCUGAAUUUAAAGGAAAUUCUCUUACUGCUAUUGAGCUGUACAGGUAGAUUGAUUUUACAUUAUUUUAUAGCAAAUUUCUGCUCAAGCCAACAAGUGGAAUUUCUUUUUCCUGCUUCAAAACCAACUUUAAAAAUCCAUCUUUGCCGUCCUUAUGUGCUCACUCUGCUCUACCUCCGUCAGUCAAUUUAACCACAAACACUAUCAAAGGAAUAUCAUGUGAGUUUCAUUGGCAUUUUCAGCAUAUAAGCUUCAUUAUUCCCAUUAUUCCCCGUCCAAGGAGUAACUGCACUCAUCGUUCAAAUGUGCAGGAAUGUUUGCUCAAGUUGGGUGAUUUUAAUGAUUUGCAUUUCUAGUUUGUAAAGAAAAUAUUAAACAAGAUUAGAGCCCCAGGCUGCACCUCAAACGUGCUAAAACAUCCAAGAUACCUCCGCUAUUUAAGCUCCACGUUUCCAUCAUUUCCUGUUUAACAAUGAGCUGCAUUCACAGUUGGAAAUGGAGGAAAUAUUUCCUCCAGGUGUUGCCUUUUUAAUCAGAUACAUGCAAAAUUCUGUCAUUUUUCUAAGAUGGGAAAACCAAUGAAAACUUGCUUCUGAUAGCUUUUUAAGAAUUGCCUUAAAAUUCAAAUUCUCCAACAUUUGUCAGCGAUACUUUUUCUAUUAUUUGCAGUAAAAAUGCAGAAAAAUGUUCCUCCAGGUGCUGCCUUUCCAACAACAUGCUUCCAAAAUGAGUACUUGUUAAACACAAGAUGUAAGCUUCUGCCUAGGCCAGUGUUACUCAACCCUGCUCAAGCAAAGGGACAGAUUGUUGAAAAAUACCUUUGCAAGAGCCACAAUCUAAGUGGGGAAAAGUGGCAAAAAUGGCUUGAAGUAGCAAUAAAAAGUAAGUUAAAG